AAAAAUGUGCUGUUUUCAUAUGCAAGGCUUAGCAUACUUAAGCAUCAACGGACUAUCGUUUAGAAUUACGCCGAUAACGGCGUCAUAAACAAGUUGCUACCGGAUUUUACAAUCUCGUCAUGGAUGUCGUUGAAGCAACUGGUACUUGCCGCCUCGCCGUAAGCAUGCUGAAAAAUGUCUCAUUUGACUGAUGGUUCUCAAAGCCCCACUACAUGCACAACUACCAUGAUUGCCUCACGUGUCUGAUGUCACCGUGAACGAAAGGUUUUCGGUGCGUGUGUGUGUGUGUUUUCCAGGAUUUAGAAGUUGCUCUCCUCAAUCCAGCGACAGAUGUCGCAGCGCGCGCCACCAGCUAGCAGACGAAUUCACUUCGAAACCCGCAUGCGUCUUGAACUAAAGAUGGGCAAAGUAUCCAUAAUUUUUGUUCCAUUCAAGGUUUGUUUACAAUUUUCGGACGUUGAAACCUUCUCUAAGCUAUUCUGCUCGUGUCACGUUGCUCUAAUAGUGCUAGCUCAUUUCAACGCGAUCGCAUUCCACUCGGACCGCGCGUCCACCCCCCCCCCCCCCCUUCACUUCAAGAUUUCUUAAAAUUAGGUCGGUUACGAGGUCGCCAGGUCACGUCGCCCAAGAACCAAUGACACUACUGAGACUCUGCAGUAGGCCUUUGGAGCGUCAGCGUCUUCCGACGCCCUUGAAUCAUGGCGAAAAUUGCGAUCGUCGCAGCGCUGCUGUUUGCGUUUCACGGUGUCGUGAGGAACGCUUGUGUGCACAGGAACUUCGGCAAAGGUAGUACCGUGUGUGUGUGCACUGCAGAGCACUGCGAUCUCCUGGGAAGUGUGGCGAAGCAGGAAACUGGUACCGCGGGUGUCUACGAAAGCGGCAAGGACGGAUCUCGGUUCCUCUCGACGACCAUAGAGUUUUCGCAAGUCGACAUAAAUUUCACUGCAUUGCCGCGAUCGCACAGCGUCAUUCGCGUAACGCCGAAUAUAACUUACCAGGAAAUAAUAGGCUUCGGUGGGUCCUUCACCGACGCUGUUGGCAGCAAUAUGCUUCGCCUAAAGGAACCGCUUCGCACGAAGCUUCUGGAAGCGUACUACUCGGAGGAAGGUCUAAACUACAACAUGGGACGAGUGCCAAUCGCGAGCAGCGACUUCUCGACGCGCGUGUACUCCUAUGCCGAUGCUUCCGACGACUUCGAGCUUGCCAAUUUCAGCCUCCGAUCUGAAGACAUCUAUUUGAAAAUCCCUUUUAUCCAACAAGCCCAAGAAUUGAACAAAACGGACCCCUUGUGGCUGAUUGCGAGUCCAUGGAGCGCUCCAGCUUGGAUGAAAACAAACAAUGACAUGAGUGGCAGAGGUACGCUUCGAGGAAGGCCGAAUGGUACAUAUUACAAGACGUGGGCACAGUACUUUAUCAAGUUUCUGGAUGCUUACAGAGAUCAGAACAUCAGCUUCUGGGGCCUCACCCCACAAAAUGAACCGACAUCAGGCUUCGUUCCAUUCUACCCUUUCCAAACGAUGGGUUUCACAGCUGCCAGCCAGCGAGAUUUCAUCAAGUUUGACCUGGGCCCUGCUCUUGAAGCCGCAGGCUAUGGAGCUGACAAGGUGAAGCUGUUAAUUUUAGAUGACCAACGAGUUUUUCUCCCAUACUGGGCUAAUGUUGUCCUUGCUGAUGCUGAAGCUGCAAAAUAUGUUUCUGGUAUUGCCUUUCACUGGUAUUGGAAUCACUUAAGGGGAGCCCACGUGCUUACAGAAACUCACAAGAGGCACCCCGACAAGUUCCUUUUGGCGACAGAGGCAUGUGAAGGGUCAUCGUCUCUCUCAAAGAACAGAGUACUCCUUGGUAGCUGGAAGCGUGCUGAAAGCUAUGCUUUGGACAUCAUCCAGGACUUACACCACUGGACCACAGGCUGGAUCGACUGGAACCUGGCUUUGGAUACUAUGGGGGGCCCAAACUGGGCACACAACUACGUUGACGCUCCAAUCAUUGUGAAUGUGACAUCCAAGGAGUUCUACCAGCAACCAAUGUACUAUGCCUUGGCACACUUCAGCAAGUUUCUGCCACGUGGUUCAAGAAGAAUUGAAUCAGAACUGGCGCGAAAACUUGACACUGUAGCAUUCCUCAGACCGGACAAUGCCAUAGUGCUGGUGAUUCUGAACAGGCGUUCUUCUUUGAGAACUUACACUGUGGUGGAUGAACAACUAGGUAGCCUAAAUUACAGCAUACCAGGAAAUUCUAUUCAGACUUACAUUUGGUGGCUUUCCUAAGUCCUGAAGCUUAGCUACCUUGCCAUAACAAAUUAUUAGCUAUCCAGUGUAUUUGUGUUCAGCAUAUAUAUGCAUUCUUUCAAUUUGUGAUUAAUUUAUCCUUUUCAGGUGUCAGUUAAUUAUGUUUAAUGGAAAUUCAGUAUCGCCCCAUUUUCUGCAUCUUCAGAAUCGUAAGAAAGUGUACAGCUGAAAAAUGAAUUAAGAAUCUUUAAUUCUUCCAUGAGUUUUGUCAAGCUUACAAAAUGUGGACUCCAUGUGGUGAACUCGACAAGAACAUCAGAUGUGAGUGUAGAAGGUGCUAAACAAGUGGACUUGGCAGGUGUAAGGCAUGUCCUAGGGGUACUCAAUAAUGUGGGCUGUUUUUUGCCAAAUUUCUUCGCUGCCAUGGCACCCUUAAGACUUUUGCUAAACAAAGACAUUGUGUGGGCAAUGAUGGCGUCGGCCAUUUCAUGUCAAGUAUACUUGAACAGCACCCAUUUAGCCACUUGAAAAGUAUAUCUGAUGCAAGAUGUGAAAAACAAAAAAGAAGUGAACCCGCUUCAUUAUGACAUACGGACAUGGAGAACAAACACCCAGAUGUCUAUUUUGCAACUAGAUUUACUUAAACGCUUGACACGUUUUAUUCAAACUUGCAGCACAGGUCCAUUGCAAAGUGUUUUAAUAUGUAUGAAACAUGUUUUAUGUUAUUUUCACUGGUGCUAUUGCUUUUGAUGGACUAUAAUGGCAUGCACCAUCAUGCACACAGCGCCUGAAGGGGUUACGUUGCAGUUGCGAGUUGCUCAAGCAUGAAGAACCUGAAAUUUCAACAAGAGACUGGUUUCUCUUUCCUUGUGCGCUCUUUUUUUCCCAUGGCUAUCUGUUGUACAAAGGCUUACAAGGCUAAAAUGCCAUACUAAAUACAUAUGCCAUGGUUUAGGCAAGUACUGUAUACAAGUUCUGUGCUUCAUGCACUGUCUUACCUCCUUCAAUAUUAGCUUGAAUUACCCCUGAAGUGGGUAAUUCACACCUUCGUUAAGUUGUUUUCUUUUCUUCCUUUAAAAUUUAGAUUAGUAACAUAAAGUUACAGUUGUUUUCUGUCUAAGCAUACCCACUAUGAAACCUUAUUGGCACUGACAUUGUACUGACGAGGAUGAGGUCACAAGUUCAUUUCCUGCUGCAAUGUGGUCACAUGCCAAAGUUGUUGAAAUGCAAAAAAACACUCGUGUGCCAAGUAUUGGGUGCUUGUUAAAGAACCCCAGGCAGUCAGGGUUAUUCUGGAGUCCACAACGAUGGCUCUGGUAAGUGUUGCGAUACUUUGUGACUACACCCAUCAAUCAGUCAUUAUGUCUAGACCAAAAACGAAUACUUAUUGCCAUAUAUAGUCAAACACUGGCUCUAUACCAAUUUACAGAGAUCUAGCUAACCAUUUAUAGGCAUUCCGGAUCCAAUGGCCACCUCAUUUUGUGGUAGCAGUCAGUGGUUUUAGUUGUGACAGUGUAUUAGUUGCUGUGGCUCCAUUAUGACACAAAUUUCAAACGGCUAAGGACCAUAUACAAGGCGUCACUUUUACUUAGGAUUCAGUUUCCUCAAUUAAAACUGAAAAACAUUUAAAAAUGUACACUGAAAUCAUUUUCACAGAUUUGGUUCAGCUAAAAGAAAUGAGUGACCUAGAUAGAAAGACCUGCAUAUGAAUUAGACAAGCGCACAAGCUGAGGCACGAGCUUGACUAUACUCUAUCUCAGUAGUUCCUUGCAGCACUGUGGAACCUACACAAAUUCUUAACGAAUAGGGAGGCCGACUGCCCCUCAAUAUGUACUCAUCUACGCCACGUCGUCUGCUCAGCGUCUGCAUGCCAUCCUGUCAGUACAUGCUCCGUGCUUGACGACAGGCUUGACGAAAAAAAUGUUUUGACGCCAUAACCAUAAACUUCGUUUACAUGGAUGCGACAGUGGGGCUUUGCUUCAGGUGUAUGCUUUCUCUGCUGUUACCUUGCAGCCUCCUUAGCAAGUAAUAAGGGCAAACAUUCUCAUAAAUGUGCACCUGUGGCAGAGCAUCUGCUCAACAUCUACUUGGCAUUUGUUUGCUACCAUCGUCACAUGCCAUGCUGUUGAGUGGGGUAGUAAAUUAAUGAUGCAGUGAACAAUUAAACCUUUAUAGUGUUCUGCAUCUUAACGCAUCACCAGUGUUAAUGAUGGAGUGCCAUCUGCAAACUAGAAGUAAAACCAGUCUUAUGGCUUGGCGCCGUGUCUUGAGUCCUAGCAGCAUGAAAGCAAACAGCUGAUCUCAAUAAUUACGGCAAAACAUACCUAAUGCUUCGACCUCAGCUUGAGAUGAGGCUUAGCGAUGACAGAUUUCGCCACUUGUUUCUUGUUGAUAGGGCGGAGAGCCAGUAACAAGCACGAAUUCAGAUCGAAGUGGGUAGUUGGCUGUAAAGGCGCUGCUAUGUUGCUGUAGUUGAUCACGGUUAGGGUGGCUAUUACGGUUAUUGGCAGUAACUGUCACAGCAAUUUUCGGUAUAUGACGGGUAUGCGCAAAGGCCAUGGCAUCUCACGUAUCACUGUACCAUAUCAUGUAGCGAGCAA